AUGGUGUCAGGAUUUCAAACUCUACGUUAAAAGUAUCCCAAUUCUAAGGUAUUUAUUACUGGUCAUUCACUUGGAGCUGCAGUUAGUGCUCACGCUGUUCCUGUUAUAUUUUAACUUAAUAAUAAUAAACCUAUAGAUAUUUUCUAUAACUUUGGAAGUCCUAGAGUAGGGGAUUAAAAAUACGCCAGCUGGUUUAACAGUUAAAAUUUUAUUUAAUUAUUUGGUAGAAUUACAAACGGUGCUGAUCCAGUUGUCCAUUUGCCUCCUAUGGGAUAUCCAAUUUAAUUUUAUCAUUAUAACCAUGAAAUCUUUUAUCCCUCUUUUAAAUCUUAAGGUACAAAACACGUUUAAUGUUAUAAGGGUGAGGAUAACAGUUGCGCUGAUGGAGUUUUAAUUGAUACGAGCAUUUCAGAUCAUUUAUCAUAUUUUGGUUGGGAUUGGACUAAUGAAGCUAACAAAUGCGAAUGA